UUGUUGACAUGGCAACAGAACUAAUUAAAUUCAAACAACAUGGCGGCCUGUUAGGAGUGUUGUUUUGUGUAUUCGAUAGAAUUUUGUUGAAAUUUUUUAUUCAAAUGGAAAAUUUUUGAUAAAACGAGGAUGGGAGACGGUACCACAACUAAGGAAAUAUAUUUUCGCGUUUGUGCAGAAACGAAACGAGAGCCAGCGGGGGAAAUUUUGGCGGUUUUAAACCACGCUAUUGACGAUCAGAUAAUGUAAGUCAAUGUUUUUGCGCUUUGUACUGUAUAUUUUGCUGUUAGUGUUCUGUAUUAGUGGUUUGUGUGAAAGUUUGAAACGACAAGAGUUUAUAAAUAGUUCUUAUUUAUCAAGACGUGGCCUGUACUCGCACAAGAUGACCCUAAUUUAUGGGAUAUUUUUGCAGAAGAUGCAUCAAGACAAUUUAUGCAUGCAAAAUCAUUUGUGAAGAUGAACUGUGCAGAUACCUUGUGCAAUAUGAUUUAGCUAGAACAUUUGAUUUAGCUACAUAUGAUUUAGCUAGAUGGUUUAAUUUUUUCACACAUAAUUCUAGAGAUCAGACACAAUUUUGCACGCUAAAGUUGCACGCAAAUAAACGAAAUGAAAGAAAUGAAAAAUACAGAAGGAAAAUUAAUGAUGAGGUUAGUAUGAACAUUGAUCACCAUCUUAUAAUUUGUUUAUCUGAUCUGGAACAUAAUUUGUUGUUUCUCUGACUUACUAUUCUCUACCAAUUGUAGAAUGUGGACACUCUGUACAGGACGCUUCAAUGCAAUACGUUUGUGGUUGGUUUAGACCUGGGAUAUAACAGCAUUACAGAUGUUGGUGCCAAAACCUUGUCCAAAUUGCUACAGGUAAUAUAAAUAGUAAGCUACACCAACUUAUUUAUAUACUGGAUAUCUCUUAUACACGCAUAAUAGUCUCACAUCUUGUAAUAGCAAGAUGGCUGUUUGCAACAGGCUUGUGGCAAGUUUGUGAACAAGUUUUAAUAUGCUGUUAUUUUAUCAAGUUGCUGCAAGGAACCUUUUCACUUGCAACUUGUUAUUAAUAUAUAACUCGUCGUAGAAUUCCAGGACGAAAUACCAGUUGUUAUAAAAACUUGUAACGUGUAUGUUGGAUCAACAACCUUGUAACAAAUUGUUGACAACUUGUCAUAACAAGCUGGAAACAAGCAGUGCUAAUUAACACAUCCUGGUGACAAGUUGUUGAAACAGCAUUGGUACAAAAUUGCUUGAAGGUCUGCACGCUUUUACAUGUGAAAGACUGCUACCUCUUAUAGUUAUUUUAUGCUUCGGUUAAUUAGGAAACGCUGAUUUUAAAAGAGCUAAUUUUAUCCUAUAAUGACAUCACAUCAGAAGGAGCACAAGAUCUAGCUAAAGGACUACAGGCAAGUUACAAUAUUUUAAAAAAGAUUUAAACUUUGGGGCUGAGCAUCGUUUAGUAGAGAGUUGUUGUAGUCACUCAGAGUUUAACUUUAUUACUUUUGUAGAUGAACGAGACGUUACUGGUUUUAAAACUGAAUGGGAACAAGAUUUGCAACAAAGGUGCACUGGCUAUUGCCGGAUCGCUCCAAGUGAACACGAUACUACAGGAAUUGGACAUGGCUGAUACUGAUAUGGUAAGUAGGUGAGUGAGUGAGUGCGGAGUAAGAGCGCGUGUGCUGAUUAUCCCUACUUGUAGCUGGGAGCUAAACUGCAUGAAUACGCCCUUCUGGAAAGUGUGUCACUUUGGCUACAGAGCCUCGUUUUCCUGAAUGUGACAUGUUAAAGCCUGACAUCUCAAUCACGAAAACGAGACUGUAUAGCCAAGGAGACGUAGUUGCCAGAAGCGUGUAUUACGAAGGAUGUAACUCGAAGGAUGCAGCUAUGAUUUGAUCGAGUUGAAGACUUUCUAAGGGCGCCUCUGGCAGCAACCUUAUGACUCAUGUCUGAUCGGAGAGCACAGCUACGGUGGAAGGGUCAGUUAGGGACUAAUGUCACUAAUCCCAACCAUUGUUAAUAAACAUUCCUGGAUUGUCUAUGUGAGAGGAAACCGAAUGACUUUCAUGACUUUCGGCAGAGCGUUGACUCUUUUCACGUGAAUGUCUUAAGUCCAGAACAAGGAUUCUCAGAAGACCCCAGAAUCCUCUAGGUAACGCGUACAUAUAUGACAAUGAAUUAGCACGCGAAGUUCUUGACGAGCUAAUAUUAUAUAAACGCGCUUUAUGUUACAGGGCACUGAAAGUUGCGUGGCAGUGGCAACAGUCUUAAACUACAACAACACCCUGAAAGUUCUUAAUAUUAGCAGACCAAUACUUCACUCCUCACAGGUAAGGCAUCUGAUUGGUUAAUUGGAUAUAUCAAACGCAUCUUCAUGAUUGGUUGAUGCCCCUUAAUUACCUUAAUGGUAGCAGUAGCAGUAGUGGAAUUUAAAUCUGAACCUCUUUACUGUAUCUUUGCAGGACUCAAAAUAACGGCCGGUCAACGGACAAUAGAUUUAGAUCGAGGACGCGGACGUCAAAGACGACAUGAAAGUGCAUGGCGUCAAAAUGGCGUGGCAUAUCCAUACAUGGGCACAACACGCCAUUUCCACAUCAUCUUUGACGUCCGCGUCCUCGAUCUAAAUCUGUGGCCAAAAAUGCCUCUUGAUCGGUCACUUUUUUUGCCUCACCGUUCGUUUUAACCGGUCACAUUCUCAUGCCUUCCAAUGUGCUGACAUCUUGAAUUAAAACAUGAAACUAUGAUGUAUCGAAACAAGUUUCUAACAGUUUGGUUCACUAUUAGGGAGUUCACGGGGGGGGGGGGGUGAAUAGGUUUUCGGAUCGUCGGAUUUCACAGAAAAAAUAGUUCGGAUUUCGGAUCUGGCGAAUAUUUUACACGGAUUUGCGGAUCUUAUUAAUACAGCGGAUUGUGGAUUUAUCUAAUAUUUUGGCUCGGAUUGUGGAUUAGCUUUCAAUUUAGUUCGGAUCCUGGAUUGUGACUUCAUAGUAGAACUUUUAGCGGAUUCAAAUUUGGACAAGACCCUGAUUGUCGGAUCGCGGAUCUUGCUUCAAAUUUGGGCGGAUCGGCGGAUUUGUAUACCCCUAUUAACCCCUCCCCCCUGUUAGUGUAAACGUAUCAAUGACCGGUCAAAAAACAUUUUGACCGAGCUACAAUCAAGUUGACCGCGGGUCAUUUUGACCGGAGACCUAUCUCCCAUUAUUUUGAGCUAGAUCGCCUUAUGUCCUUUCUAUUCACAUCCUCGAGUAUAUAUUCUUUCAUUUUUAGGAGGAGUCUGUCGUCGUACACAUGGCUGGCAUGCUAAAGGUACCGUUUGCUCCCUGAAAAAGUAUCUCCUUGAGUUUCAAUUUAGUCUUAUAUUUAGUCGAAUUGUGUGAUCCUUUCUUGCUGCAUGCUAGGUGAAUCGUUCAUUAGAAGAAAUUCACUUGGCGAAAUGUGGUAUACGAGAUUUUGGUGCUGAAAGAUUAGCUGAAAACCUGGUGUAUAAUACAACGUUGAAACAAUUACAUCUGAGUUGGUAUGUUUAUUAUGUUCAUAUGAUAUCAUAGUGUUUACAGUCCAUGUGCCUUUAUCGGAUUUAGUGUUGAUCUUUACCUAAAAUUAUCUUACCAGUAACCGCGUGACUCGAGAUGGUGCCAGCUACCUCGCCAGACUUCUGAAGAAAAACACCCCCUUAGAAAUGUUGAACUUGGCUUACAACAGGAUUGAAGAUGAUGGAGCAUGUGCAUUAAGCGCAGUGCUUGCUCGUGGAAACACAAACUUACAAACGUAAGUAUGAGUGGAUUAUGAAUUUGUCAUGAUUAAUUUUUUUGGUUAAAGUUUGUUUACUGUACUCGACCAAUAAUUAUUAAUGAUGCGAUUUUUCUCGUGAUGUUUUAGGCUGGUUGUGUGCAGCAAUAAUAUCGCAACGCAAGGUCUGUGCGCGCUGGCCAAGGCAAUGAAAACGAACUCAAGUUUGACAAGAAUUUAUAUUUGGGGAAACAAGUUGCUUGAGCCUGCGUGUAAUGUAAGUAUAACGUUAUGUAUGCUGCCAUAACAACAACAACAACAGCCAUAACAACAACGACAGCAACAGCAGCAGCAGCAACAACAACAGCCAUAACAACAACGACAGCAACAACAACAACAACAACAACAACCACAACAACAACAACCAUAACAACAACCAUAACAACAACAACAACAAUAACAACAACAGCAACAACCAUAACAACAACAACAACAACAACAACAACAACAACAACAACAACAACAACAACAACAACAACAGCAACAACAACAGCAACAACAACAACAACAACAACAACAACAGCAGCAACAACAACAGCAACAACAACAGCAACAACAACAGCAACAACAACAGCAACAACAACAGCAGCAACAACAGCAGCAACAGCAUUACCAACAAUCGUGUUUCUCCAACAGAGUGUACAAAAUUAUGCUUGUUAUUUUUCAAGGCUUUUCAAGAGCUGAUGUCAGGUCGUGUGCCUCGCCUGGCUGAAGAAGAUACUGACGUCACUCCUUAUAUUGUAGAUGGUGUAACAUAUUUAAGCAGAAUUAACAGUCCUUAUUAAUCCAAUGUAAAAGUAAUUUUUAAGCAAUAAAAACAC